AUGAGGGCUACCCUCCACGUCGAAAAAGAGAUCUGUCCUGAUACGGUGGACGGGGAGAAUCUGCAGCGUCAGAUAACUCAACAGGAGGCAGCGCAAACGUUCUGUCUGCCGUUGCAGUCGCUUCGGGACGCCGUGUCCCAAGGGCUCUUGACGGUGGAAGAACGUCCAAAUCCCCAUGGCGCGUCGUUUAAGCCGAUGCGGCUCUAUCGCUUUGGAGAGGUCCAGCAGCUCGCGUGGCGUGUGUGGGGUGGCCAAGAGAAGCUAGAAGAGGAGCGGGAACGGCGGCGAGAGCAGCGCUGGCAGCUUCGCCAGAAACAGGCCCUAGGCUCUGUGAUUGCGCCGCAGGGACCAGGCAUUCUUGGCGACUUUGAAACGAAACUGUCCACACAGCGGGGGUCUGGCGGGCAAGGACGCCCAAAGAAGCGACUUCGGGCGCACGCCAAGUCGCGGCAAGAAGGGCCAGAACCGCAGCCUGGCCGACGCCGGACCGUUGUAGACAGUCGAGCGUGUCCAGCGAUCCUGGGACAGGCCGAGGCGUCGGCGGCGCAGACUCCCACUCGCCCUUCGGACGACUUGGUCUGGGAAGUCAUAUGA